UGAGAAUUAUCGGCACCCCCCCGCGAGGCGAACCUGUCGCGAUAACCGGUAUACGGUAGGCCUUUCCGUUUCACUGCCGCGAAUCUUUUUCCCUUUGCAUCCCUCCCGUUCGGCGUCGGGGAUUCGAGGUUGUGUUUUGAAAGUAUGAUGCAAGCCAGCAUUUGGAACUUGGUGACCACGUCGAUCAGGCCAACAUGCAUAAAGCGUGUUCUACCUGGCAUAACAAGUACCCAGCAGCGCAGGUACGCCAGUACGCUGGACGCAGAUGUAGUGGUGAUCGGGUCUGGUCCCGGUGGAUACGUAGCUGCGAUUAAAGCCGCGCAAUUGGGCAUGAAGACCGUAUGCGUGGAGAAGGACCCGACUCUAGGUGGCACGUGUCUCAAUGUUGGAUGCAUUCCGUCGAAGUCACUUUUAAACAAUUCACAUUAUUAUCACAUGGCGCACAGUGGAGAUUUAGCGAACCGUGGAGUUGUCGUAUCGAAUGUUCAAUUGAACCUCGAAAAGCUCAUGGAACAGAAAACGAACGUGGUCAAAGCCUUGACCGGCGGUAUAGCGGGUCUGUUUAAGAAAAACAAGGUCGAGUGGGUCAAGGGUCAUGGAAAGAUCACAGGCAAGAACCAAGUCACUGCCCUAAAGCCUGACGGAUCGGUGGAAUCUACUAUCAACGCGAAGAAUAUUCUGAUAGCGACCGGUAGCGAAGUCACGCCUUUCGCCGGCAUCGAGAUCGACGAGAAACAGGUUGUGUCCUCGACGGGUGCGCUGUCGCUCAGUGAAGUUCCCAAGAGGCUCAUUGUCAUCGGAGCUGGAGUCAUUGGAUUGGAACUGGGCUCAGUUUGGCAAAGACUGGGUUCCGAUGUAACGGCCGUUGAAUUCAUGCCGACGAUCGGUGGCAUGGGCAUCGACGGGGAGGUUAGUAAAAGCAUGCAGAAGAUACUCGCGAAACAAGGACUGAAGUUUAAACUGGGAACGAAAGUCACAGCUGCUAGCAAGCGCGGCAAUGAGAUCGUGGUUUCCGUUGAGGACGCAAAGGACUCCAACAAAAAGGAGGACUUGGCGUGCGAUGUGUUGUUGGUGUGCGUCGGCAGGAGGCCGUACACGCAAAACUUAGGUCUGGAAGAUCUGGGCAUCGAGAGGGACGAAAAGGGAAGAAUACCCGUGAACAAUAGAUUCCAGACGGUAGUGCCUAGUAUUUACGCUAUCGGUGACUGCAUUCACGGACCAAUGCUGGCUCACAAAGCUGAGGACGAGGGCAUAAUCACAGUGGAAGGUAUUGCCGGAGGCGCGGUUCACAUAGACUACAACUGCGUGCCGAGCGUGAUAUACACGCAUCCGGAAGUGGGUUGGGUCGGCAAGACGGAGGAAGAUCUGAAGAAGGAGGGCAUCGACUACAAGGUCGGCAAGUUUCCGUUCAUGGCGAACUCCCGAGCGAAGACGAAUCUCGAGACGGACGGCUUCGCGAAGGUACUCGCCGACAGCAACACGGACAAGAUCCUGGGCGUGCACAUGAUCGGACCGGCUGCCGGAGAGCUCAUCAACGAGGCGGUUCUCGCGAUGGAGUAUGGCGCCAGCGCGGAAGACGUUGCCCGCGUAUGCCACGCACAUCCAACGUGCGCCGAAGCGCUCAGAGAAGCUCAUCUGGCAGCCUACUUCGGCAAACCUAUCAACUUUUAAAUUUCUAUGGAGAAUAAGCGAAUCAUCACACUUGUUAGUCUAUAUCCUAAUUGCGUUUAGCACUAAACGUGCCUGUCUUCUUUCAAAGUUUACUGAGAUAAU